AUGGGGAUAAGCUCGAGGCUGGCCCCCCCCCCCCCGUGCUCGCCGCCGACCGUCGCCUUCCUGCGCCUGCCGCACCUGGCGUGGGACGUGCGCGUGGCCGGGGCGGCGGGCAGGGCCACCCCCGCGGGCUCCCCGCGCGCCGCCUCCGUGGUGGUCUGCACGCUGCGCGCGGGCGCCGCCGCGGCGCUGGCCGAGACGCCGCGCGUGGUCGCGGAGGAGUGCGGCGACGAGGAGAGCCGGCGGCGCUACGCCGAGGCGCUCCGCCCCUUCCUGCGGGGCCUGCGGCGAGACCUGGGGCGCCCCGCGCCCGAGCCCCUCACCGUGUGGACGUGGGCGGGGGCGACGGCUCUCCUGGCCGCGUGGCUGCUCGCGCCGGAGGUGGCCGGCGGACGCCCGUGCGCCGUGACGCUCAUGGAGGAGAACCCCGAGCUGGCCGGCCGCGCGGCGGCCCGCCUGAACGCAGGCGCAGGGGGCGGGAGCGAGCGGGCGCAGAUCGUCGCGCACGCUGGCCCAGACCGGAGGAGGGCCAGCGGAGACCGCGGCGGCGCUGCCCUUUCUUGA